AGGAGUGUUUAUAGUACAUAUACAGAUCAAAUGUUAAGAUAAUUGUUACUGAAAUGAACAGUGCAAUAAUCUAAAACGGAUUUCUGUCAAAAGUUAAUUUUAAUUUCUACAUUUCCAUCAUAAAUAACUAUCAAAUUAACAUUUACAAAUCGGAUCUCAAGGCUACUGGUUAAUGUCAUUGACCUUCUACGCUAUUGGCCGCUUUACCUGGCCAGGUGAAUGUAUGUGUAUACAUGAAAACAUUAGUAUAUCAAGCAAAGUGUCAACUCACGCCGUCAUAGGGGAGACCUUGCACCCACUGAGCCGGAGACAAGAUCACCCAUUGAGCCGGAGACAAGAUAACGUCUACCAGUAAACCUGCCUGCCUUACUACUGAAGAAGGUUCAACAUGGGCAACGAAAGGGCAUUCACGGAACUGAUAUUUGUUUUGGUGAUAUCUUUCGGAUACGUCGUAUGUUUUGAAUGUGACAAGGAAGCAACCGUUUGUGAGACAACUCUAGUUAUACAACACAAAUUGACCAUGAUGCAUGAAAUCCACCGAAAAGUUUACCCAUAUAUGGGGAAGCUAUACAAAUAUGACGUCAGCAUUCCGGAACAAAGUGUAGAUGUCCCCAUGGCUGAAGUAAUCACAACGGACGGAUGGGAAGACGAGAGGCUUGUGACCGUAGUCAAUUCAAGUCUUCCUGGACCCCCGAUCAUCGUUUACGAGGGACAGACCCUCAAGGUAAAGGUCAUAAAUGAGCUACACUCUGACACAGUUUCAAUCCAUUGGCAUGGUCUUCCACAGUACAACAGUCCGUGGAUGGACGGCGUGGCAUAUGUGUCUCAGUGCCCAGUACUUCCGGGACAGUCCUUUACAUAUGAAUUCACGGCGGAACCAAAGGGAACUUACUGGUACCACUCCCAUGUAGGUUCUCAACGCACAAAGGGACUUAAUGGUGCGCUGAUAAUUCGAGAGAGAAAACCGACAUGGAAUGUACCAGAACACAUUCUUACCGUUCAGGGCUGGAACCAUGAUUGGGACUCGGAUAUGGAUCAUCAGAAAAUGGUGUAUGGAGUAUUUAAAAAUCGGACAUUACUUGAAGCGUCAAAGUCCUUGGACGGUACAUCAUUUAGUCGGUUCAAACUAACGUCAGCUCUGAUAAACGGAAGGGGGAGAGUUUACCUUGACAUGAACGCCAAUAUUCAUAACAACGCGCCACUUGAAGUCUUUUCAGUAACACAACAAAUGGAGUACAGAUUCAGAGUUAUAAAUGUAGGAGGUCUAUAUCCAUUUAGGGUAUCUGUUGAUGAUCACAACCUGACACUCAUUGCCUCUGAUGGUUACGACUUUGAAGCAGAAACUGCAGAAUCCUUCAUUAUAAGUCCUGGUGAACGGUACGAUUUCAUUCUCCACGCAAAUCAGCCGAUCGGCAAUUACUGGAUCCGUGCCGAAUCGUUAGAAAGUAACAAUAUGCAUAAAGCUGAAGCAAUUCUCAGGUAUGAUACAGCAGCAACAACCGAACCCACCUCGACUAAAAAGCAAUGUACAUCGACAUCGGAGUGUAUAGUAAUCAACUGCCCGUUCACCUUCUAUCCUGCUUCUGAUUAUACACAUUGCAAACGCUUUGAUGCCCUGAAAUCUAAUUCAAAUAAUGACCCUGCCCCUUCAUCAAAUGGUGACGAUGGAGAAUUUAAAGAGUAUUUCCUGAAUUUUGCCUUCCCUGGAACAACGGUUACGCCUGGCUCAGUAAAUGGGCAUAAAUUCAAACUUCCACAAGUGUCGGCUCUAACACAACCUCGAGAGAUCGAAGAAACGUGUGACAACGUUGACUGUGGAGAAGAGAAAGUAUGUGAAUGUAUGUUUACAUUACCGAUAAACCAUGACGACGUGGUUCAGUUUGUUUUACUAAACAUGGGUAAGGGGAGAGGAUGGGCGCACCCUGUCCAUAUGCAUGGUUACUCGUUCUACGUCGUUAAGAUGGGAUACGCCUCCUAUAACGAAACAACAGGUAAAUACAUCUCACAAAACACGGACAUCAACUGUCGUGGUGCAGGCAAUCAGGAUGAGAGUUUCUGCAAUGACGCAACAUGGAGCGAUCCAAAUUGGCUAGGAGGAAAUUUACCAGGUGUAGAACUUGACAAUGCACCGCGAAAGGAUACGAUAGUCAUUCCAAGCGGAGGAUAUGCUGUUGUCAGAAUCAAGGCCGAUAACCCAGGAGUUUGGAUAAUGCAUUGUCAUAUAGAACUACAUAGCACUGAUGGAAUGGCGAUGCUACUAAACAAUUCUUACGGCAUGUAUCCUCCUCCGCCGAGAGGGUUUCCUCAGUGCCACGGGUUUCCAUCUGCUUUUAGGGAGAGCCAGGAAAUAAACGAUAAAGAAAUUAGCUCGCCAGAGUCUGGCCCUGAUGUAAGAACGGGAAGGAAUACCGAAGAUGAAGGGUACACCAUGAAGAUGUUCUGGGUGACGGUUGCUGUCCUCGGAGUCGUAAUGCUACUGAUGAUGGCAUAUAUCCUUCAUCUUCGACACGAAGUUAAGACUCUCAAAACGUCAAAGUCCACCUAUCAAUCGACAGAGACUCUCGGGGUAUCUGUCACUAAUGGGGCCUUUAAACCAUAGACGUCAUUGGACAACGGUUUUUUGCGUGUUUGAUGAUUUCUAACCCAUCCUGAAAGGAUUUCCGGCCACCAGUGUGAUAAAUCUUUCGUUUCCAGGGGCGCAGCUAGCCCUUGUUCGGAGUGGAUUCAUGUAGGAGCGGGUCGAGGGAAGAGUUUUGGUAGAAGGACAAGGAGGUGCAACAAGCAGUGUUUGUUAUUCAUUUUGGUUUCUGUUUUCUGAUGGAGUUUCGCACCUCCUGUUCGGUACUCCUCGAAAGCUGUUUUUGGCAGAUGAAAUCUUCAGAUUCUUUCGAAACUCUGUCAUGUGAACAUCAAGUUAGAUACAUGUUGGCAUUUCGUCAGCUGAUUGAAUCGAGAGAUCAGGGGAAAAGAUAAGAUAAUAUAUUUAAACGACAUAAUAGGGAUUUGAAAAUUAUGAAGGGUCUGGAGAAGAAGAAAUAUUCCACAAGCUGUAUGAUAUAUUUGCGAAAUCCAUGAAGAGGGAAGAAAAACUGAAAGUUUGAUAUAUGUCUCUGUCAUGUCGGGAAGCUGUGAUAUUACUUGUUGAUACAAACGAAAAAAAGGUUUAUCAUAUGGCCAUUCAAUAUAUUCACUUGGUUUUCAUUAUAUAGGCCUAACCCUCGAGUUCGAUACCUGCACUCGGGUCCUUGGCCCUCUCGCCGAUAUCGGGACAGACUAACUCUUGGGCUAAUAAUGGAUAUGGUUUCAAAAUGACCACCGAGUAAAAUAUUUUUAUCUUAAAACAGCUUAUUCACGUUCAGUUUGUGAGGAUGAGAUUGUAAGACUUGUAUAGUUUUACAUUACUAAAAAUGUUCGCUGUCGUGUUAAAUUUGCGAAUUUUACCUUAUCACGAAAAAUGCACAAUAAAUAAUACUGUCAAAAUAAUACUGUAUGCAUUGCAUGUCUAUAUUAAUGCUUUAAUAAUAUGUAAAUAUGAUUUGUUAUUUUUGUAUUGACAGAAUCAAUUAACACAUCAUGAUCAGUUAUAGUUAAGUUACAUGUAACAGCAUAAUACAUUUCUAUAUAUUGUAUACCUUUAAAUAUAUAUUUUUAAUAUACCUUGAUUGCAUAUACAUAACCUGUUUUAAAUAGCUGUAUUCGUGAUAUUUAUAAUUCGCGAGGAUUGAAAAUCACGAAAUAAACAUGUAAUGUGUUUUAUUUAAAUAUGUCGUAACGGAAAAUCAUGACAUUUUUGUUUUGUUUCGCAACUUUUUUCCCCGCAAAUUAAGGUAAAACACUUCACUUCAUUUCUUUUUUCAUGAUAAUGUCAUUUUAUUAAAUAGGUCUAGGUCGUCGGAAUUAUUCAGAUGAUUUGUUUUUCUGGUGGCAUGUUUCCAUCACGGCGAGGUUAAUCUAAUCUUUAACAAUGUUUCAUUUUGCACGUUACUUGAUACUUGUAGAAAUUGUAGAAUUAAAACUGGCGAAAUCAAGGCAACGGAGCACAUUUGACGAUUUAAAAUAUAUUACUUGCGUAUAGUAUGUAUAUUAUAUUUGAAUUCAGGGAGAAAAUAGUCUGACCAAUCUAAAGUGGGCUCGCCAAAAGUCUUGGCCUCUUGUUUUAUUUGAAUUGAUAAUAUUGUUUUUGCAUUUUUAUGAUAUGCUAAUUUUGCUUCUAUAUUCACUACUUAUAAAUAAAUACGUGCUGAAGUUGUGGUGAAGUUUGGUGAUAUCGUUAAGCGUUGACAGUAUACUUUGCAGGCUUCACAUUACUGGAUUGAUAUUUUAGUCCAACAUUUGACAUUUAUAAAACACAUCUAUGUAUAACAUAUAUAUUUUUGUAUGCACACUAACAGUAUAUUUGUGUACACCGUUUGAACAAAUACAAUCCAACCUGCCUUAAAAGACCAUUUAUCUAUAGCUAUCACAGUAGUUUACGACCUAAUUAUUCCCAUAUGUCGGGGUUUUUAUGUAAGCAUCCUAACUAUGAAGACCAUUACAGAAUGUUUUAUUUUUCCAUGAGAAGUCAUUGAAUAGUUCACUGAAUUAAUUGGUGUUUUCUGAAAUAAAUGUUAUUUUUGUAAU